CCAUUCAAAACAUAAAACUCGAAAAGACAGAAAACAUAAGAAGGAAUAACUGAAAAAAUCUACUAACAGUGAUAUUUUCUCGUUAAUAACAGUGAAUUUCAUAAACAGCUGUAAACCAAUUAGAAGUAAAUUGUAAAAAUAUUGUUAACAGGUAACACUUGAGUUGCAGCAGUAGCUGCGAGUUUCAACUAUGUCCUUCUCGGCCAAGCUGGACCAACUGCAGAAGGGUUUUGCCGAGAGCGGCCGUGCCGGUGAAAGUUUGCAACAGCUGCGGGAUCUGCUGGAAAGCAUUCCCAAGCAGGUGGACCGAGAAAAGACGGCGGUUUAUGUGUUCAAGGAUCUGUUGACGCUGUUCGGAGAUGUGGCCGAACGGGGAGCGCAGGAUCCGCAAUGUCAGAUACUGGAGGAAGGAUUGAGAUAUUUGGUUGAGGUGUGCCGCGGAGCGGAUGAUGCCAUUCGAUGUCACUUUGUGCUGCGAGUUUAUAAUUUGGUGGUGAAGUUCAGCGCUAGUGAGGAUAAACGAACAACGGUCGUACAAUGUGCCCGUCUGAUGGAGAGUUGUUAUAGCUCGGAGGAACACAUGGAGCUGUUUCUGAGGGUCAGUCGGGUUGUUCUGAAGAUGAUCUACGAUGUACACACGAGAAAGCUGGCGAACCAAAGGGAACUGAUUUCUGCGGGAAUCGAUGUGAUAUGCUCAACAACACUAAGAUUAUUGAAGCAUUGGGCCGAAUCUAGCCAGUUGGAAACUCGGUCCAAAGCCUUGGCAAUCUACAGUGGCAUAUUUGAUAACUCGGUAGCAUUGCUGUACCGUCUAUUUAGUAUGGAUCAGAAACGGACAGACGAUUUCUUCGAUUCGGUUGUGCAAAUUCUACGGACCAGUGAGAAAUUCAGCGAAUCAGAAAUGGCAGAAUUAUUCCAGAGGACUUUACCGUAUUUAGAAACUAUUCUCAGUUUCGGAGAAGCCUCCAAGCCAUAUCUAAAAUAUCUUGAAGUGCUGAGUGUAUUUGAAAAUAUUAAAAACGAACGUACAGCCACUUGUGUCUGGGUUUUAAGAAAAUAUUUAAUUUUUCAAAAUAGUUCAAAUCCAAACAUGGAGAUGUUGAUGCAACUUUCUGAAAGGUUAAAAUAUCUAAGUGGCAAUUCAUCUCCAGAUGCGCUUCUGAUGGAGGUAAUCAUCUUCAUCACAAUCCAGCUAGGAAUUCAUCUCAAUCAAAUCAAACAGCAAUCGUUGGAGUUCGCCGAGCCGCUUAUAGAGUUAUGUAAAUCUUUGUCGAAGUUCGGAAAAUACUGCCCAAGGAAUUAUACUCAACUGUGUGCCAGGUGUGGGAGCUCUAGUCGACAUUUUGUGGAUUUUGUGUCAACGAUGGUCAUCAAUCUGGUCAUGGCAAUGUCGAAGGCUGGGAAGAAAAUCAAACCAGAGCUGGUAGGAUUGGUCAAUGGUUUCCUGAGGCAUAAAAUGCUCACGCUAGAUGAUCUGAGUUGUGAGAAGAAGACAUCUUUGUUGGACGCUGGGUUGCGGUACGUUGUCAACUGGAUAAGAAGCUCCCUUCAGUACGUGUCCGGAACAGAAGUUUUGGAUCUUGCUCGAUUAGCAGUGGAGUUCAAGUAUAAAUACGACUUUGAUUUCUUAACGGAUACUUAUCUGAUACGGUUAGUGGAAAAUUGCCUCAAAGAUUUCGGAAUCUGUCAAGCUGCAAUUGAUAUCAAAUUUGUAAGACUAAUUAUGGCACUACGUGCUGACGUUGUCGACUCUAAGGAGGUUGAGGAGACUAUUUACGCAAUAGUGAACUUCCAGUUGAGUAUCCAGAACGAAUCGAUUCGGGAUUUAAAUCUAGUCGACAUGAUUGAGCGCAACGAUUUUAAUAGAUUUGGAUUUUGCAUUGAUCCCACGCUUACUAGACAAGAGAAAGCAUCAAUAUUAAUUGUAGAAAUGAACUUAGCUUCUCGAUAUAAAAGUGCCAAUGUCAUGCAGUAUUUCCAAAACCUCCAAGAACUUGAUGCAGAUCCAUUGCGGCUAGGAAUGGCACUUUACUUGUUCCAGGACGUGAAAUUCUAUCAAAUCACUCAAGAAGAAACGGAUGCGCUGAAGCGUAAAAUACUCAAAACUAAACCAACUAAUUCAGCAGAUACGAUUCGCCGAAAUGGAGCUCUGGGAGUUCUAAAUUAUUACGCUUUCAGCGCUACUUCUAAAGCUGUCGUCAGUAAGCUGAAAGAUGCUCAAUUGAAUCGAGAGACCAUAAAAAAGGAUCAGAUAAACAAUGUGUUAAAAGAGAACACGAUGGAACAAGAACUCGUUCUCUUGGCACAGCUUGAAGAAACCUAUUCUAACUAUCGCGAUAUGGUCUUGACUCUAGCGGAAACAUCUUUUGAGCACUUCAACAUAAUCUACUCUCUCAAUCAGAUUUCCUCAAUGAUAGACAAUACCAGUCGUUUCUUCGUGAUCAACUAUUAUCCUCGGCGCGCUGUCGAAACACAACUUCUGAACUAUUUGCUAAUCAGUCAGAAACCUGAACGAAUUGCUGAAUUGUGCUGUCCUCUCGGAUUUCUCAUCGAAAACCAUCAGAUUUAUCUGCAAGUGCUCAACGAUCCACUCUACAACAAACCCUGGGCUCCCACGUUGGAUUCACUUUUUCAAAAAGCCACCGAAAUCAUCGUCUCGCACUCAGCCUCCCUUCUGGAGUCCCGCAAGUACCACUUCCUCAAUCUUUACCUGGCUCUAUCCCAGUACGAAGCAUCACGUCAAAACAUUCCAGCAGCAAUCGCUCACAUUCAAACCCUUGCGGCACUACUUGAAAACUCCCCACCUAAUUGUACGACCACUGCCAUCGUCCGAGGUCGCAUCUACCACACCAUCUUUCGGUUAGUCACCCUGUAUAACGUUCCCACUCCCCGGAAUAUGCCGGUGCGCAACUUCAUCCGGCUCAUGCUGGCGCAUUACAACGAGAUGCAGAAACUGCCCGCCGACCAGGGUUUCAUUGUGUCAACCAGCACGCUGGAGAUGACGGUGGAAACGUUGCGCUACCUCACGCUCCAUUACGACACCGAUCGGUUGGAGGCCCACGUGGAGCAACUGCUAAGGUUCGUGCUCCGUCGAGGUGCCGGUCUACGAGCGAUGCAGCUGAUGAUUAUCUACGCGGCGAUGAGUGCCGACAGCGAGAAGCUGGACAAGUGUCAGAUGUUACUCACAUAUUUGGACCGAUUGUUAAUGUUUCGUCCUCUGGAAUCGGACAACAAAGACACCGCUAUGGCAUUGGAAGUGCCAGUUAUUUCCUUAGCAGAUGAUUCAACCUCCAGAAACCACAUUCGCAAAGCAGUGAAAUAUGUUAAAUCUCCAACGAUGAAUCGUAGUCCAUCCCCUCAACUCUUUCCGGAUCAACCAAUCGAUCAUCAACAGUACCUGAUCCACCAUCACAGCAACUGUAGCUGUCAGUUUUGUCGGUUCCCUCAGUACAAAGGUCAAGCGCUUCUGGUGGCCACGCUCUACGCUCGGUUGGCGUUUCUCAAAGAUCAAUCCGGACGUUGUCAGGAGAUCUAUGAAGCCGUAACGCAACAUUGGAAGCUUCAGCAAAAUGCUUUUGCAACUCCCAAUCUGAUUGGUCACAAGGAUGAGUUUGUGACACUGAUGGGUCGAGCUUUUCUAUUUUAUGGUCAGUUCCUAAUUAAGGAAGAACAGGUGGAACAGGCUCGAGUAGAGUUUGAAAAAAGUCGGGAGAUACUGAGGAGUGUUCCCAUCGUUGACUUGGGCCUAGAGGAGGAAGUGGAGAUCAACAUUACCAGUUUGAGUGAUCCGCAAUUGUUGAAUCAGAAAAGUAAAGUUGUGUGUAGACUUCCAGACUUUGAGAGUUAUCUAAAGGAGAAUCCACGUGUUGCUUACCCGGCAACUCCUUUAGUAAAAGCGGGUAAAAUGAACACUUUUACGCCCAGAGUAGGAACCGCCAGAGUAUUUCCCAAAACAGCUGUUAGGGCCGACGAUCUUAUCAAGCUGGUUGCUCGUAAGCGAUUGAAAACCACUCUGGCCAAAGAUUACACCAAGGAGUCAGAUUUAAUCAGUGCCAUGUCGGGAUUGUCAUGUACGUCAGAGAAACGACCAACUGCAGUUAGUAUAUUUGUUGACACACCCGAAAAGCCUUCAAAUGCUGUAGUUCUCAAGGGCAAAAAGAAGCUAUUUACCCAAGCAACGUCCUCCAAGGACUCUGAAGAAUCUCCAAAAAAGCGCGGUCGACGAAAGAAGACGGAAGAUGAAACCCCUGCAGCACCAAAAACUACACGAAAAAAACGAAUUCCACUGAGUCCCACGCUUAAAACAACGGCCUCUAACGAGUCCUUCAAAGACAUUCUGGUGAAAUGCAGUACUCCCAUUUCGAUAUCCCACCGAACUGAAUUCAGAACCGCUACUUCCAAAAAGCUCAGAAUGAAACCUGCCUUCCCAAAAUUAACCCAAAAGCAAUCGAAAUCGCCGGAAAUUGCGUUGAAUCAUUCCUUCAAUAGUUCGUUCCGGGAUGUGCUGAUGCAGUCGCUAAGCGAGGCAACUGGUACCGAAAAGGAGAGACAAAAUGGCAGCGUCAUCGUGCUGGACGAUUCCGAAGAGAUAAACACCAGCCUCACUCAGAACCAUUCCGUCAACAAAAGCCAGAACGGAUAUCUUUCGUUGAAGAAAUACUCCGACCGUAAGGUGGCCACUGCCAACGGUUUAACUCGAUCGACGAGAAAAGUCGCUGCUAAGAUGUGCCUUCAGUUUGACACCUCAUCGACGGUCAUCGACAUUACCACUCCGGAUAAUUCUCCGGCCAUUUUAAGAACGGUAGGUUCGUCCGGCGAGAAUGGUCCUACAAUGAAAUCGACAGCGAAGAAAACGGCAACAAAGGUGGAGGAAGUCAAACGAACACGAGGGCGACCUAGAAAGAAUAAAGAAGCGACAGUUAGCAGUAACGAUGCGCUGACGAAAGAGAUCUCUCCGGAAACGAUAGGCGAGGUAAUCGUGCCAAGGACAACCAGGAACAAGGUAAGAGGCCGCAGAGGAGAAUAGUUCAACUGUUUAUCUUGUUGUACGCAUAUAUUUAUGAGCAGUUUUGCAUUAGCAUAGUAAACCAAAUUUAUGAUGUUGUUUCCAAUGUUCUAUUCUGAUAAACAGUAUUUUCUAAUUGCUGUUGACGAUUUUAUAAAUAACGAAAUGUUUCAACAUUAAUAUAUUUGUAUAGCGAAA